GAUGGUCACGCGCUUGGCGUGGAUGGCAGCCAGGUUGGUGUCCUCGAACAGACCGACCAGGUAGGCCUCGGCGGCCUCCUGCAGGGCCAGCACGGCGGAGGACUGGAAGCGCAGGUCGGUCUUGAAGUCCUGGGCGAUCUCGCGGACCAGGCGCUGGAAGGGCAGCUUGCGGAUCAGCAGCUCAGUGGACUUCUGGUACUUGCGGAUCUCGCGCAGGGCGACGGUUCCGGGCCUGUAGCGGUGAGGCUUCUUCACUCCACCCGUCGCGGGGGCGGACUUGCG